AUGUCUCCAGAAACCAGCGCAUUAAAUAUUACUCUGCCAAUAAAAGAUGUCACUGAAUUCGAAACUUUUGACACGGAACUUGUUGGAAAUGUGGAGAAGAUUGACGCUCUCCAUUAUUUUUUACGUAAAAAACCCAUUACUGAAACGAAGGAAAGGCUUGAUAAAUACUAUGGGAACUCUGCAUCAUCAAUUUCAAUGGUUAAGAAGUGGUUUACUGAGUUCCGUUGUGGUCGUACCAGCACAAGUGACGCCGAACUUUCAGGUCACCCAAAAGAGGUCAUCACGCCACAAAUCGUCGAUAAAAUCCAUGGAAUGAUAUUGGAUGAUAGGAGAGUUAAAGUGCGUGAAGUGGCUGAGGCUGUAGGCAUCUCAAGUGAGCGGGUACAUCACAUUUUACAUGAAUAUUUGGACAUGAAAAAACUAUUCGCGGGAUGGGUGCCCCGAUUGCUCACACUCGACCAUAAGCGCAACCGUGUGAUCACUUCAAAGGAGUGUUUGACAAUGUUCAACCGCAAUCCGAACGAGUUUUUGUGCCGUUUCGUAACCGUGGACGAAACGUGGAUCCAUCACAACACACCAGAGACCAAGUAACAAUAGAAACAGUGGGCUUCUUCGGGUGAACAUGCACCAAAGAAGACCAAGGUGGGUCUGUCGGCCAACAAGGUCAUGGCCACAGUUUUUUGGGACGCACGCGGUAUCAUUCAUAUCGAUUACCUUCAGAAGGGUAAAACAAUCAACAGUCAAUAUUAUUCAGAGCUUUUGCAAGCAUACUGA